AUGAAUAAUUACGAGAAAGGACGACAACUUGAAAAUGAAACUGUAAGAACUUUAACUGAAGUAGGGAUCGAUAAUGAACACAAAGGAGGACCCGGCGAUGGUGGCAUAGAUGUUUCUGGAGUAGUUGCAGGGAUAGCAUAUGUCAUCCAAUGCAAAAAUUGGGCCUGUAAAAUAGGUCGUAAGGUCGUGGACGAGUUUUUCGGGGUGGUGUAUAGACAAAAAAACAACCCCAUCGGGAUAAUAGUGGCCCCCUCCGGAUAUUACCCGGGAGCGGUUGACGCCGCGCUCGAGUACGGCAUUAUCCUUACGGAUAAUGCAAAUCUAGUUGAAGUUUUCUCGACGCCGUGGAACUUCGGCUAA